AUGAAGCUGUUAUUCGCACUCUGCGCGCUGGGAGCGCUACUCCAAGUGUCGAUUGCCACCCACGACAUCAACGUACCGGUGCUGGUACCGGUGCCACAUAUCAAGAAGGUACCGAUCGGCAUCCCGAAGAUUGAACGCACCAAGGGCGAGAUCAUCAAGCAUGUACCGGAAGCGAUCAUCAAGCGCGUCCCCGUCGAGAAGCACGUGGAGGUGGAAAAGGAGGUCGAGGUCGUAAAGCAUGUGCCCGUGACGAAGGAGAUCGUCGUCGAGCGUCCGGUAGAGGUUAUCCGCGAGGUUCCAAUCGAGAAGGUAGUCAUCGAAAAGGUGGAGGUACCGUACGAGGUGAUCAAGCACGUGGAGAAGAUCAAGCACAUCCCGGUCGAGAAGCACAUCGAGGUGAUCAAGGAGGUGGAGGAGAUCCGUGAGGUACCGUACAAGCGGUACGUCUUCAACAAGAAGCCGUUCCCGGUGCCGUACAACGAACCAGAAGAGGUGCAGGUACCGUACACCGUCCCAGCGCCGGUAGCACCGGUUGUGGCUGUGGUCGAAGCGGAGGAACCCUCUCUAAAGGACAAGUUUCACAAUUUGGCCGGUAACUAUUUGCCCGACCCGGUAGGAUUUUUCAAGAAAAUUGUAAAACAUUAA